AUGUUUGGGCAUCUUUGUUGACGCAAGACUUGCAUGAAAGGAGAAGAGCAUAUAAAAGUGAGAAAUGGUCUGCACUAAAUCAGUUCUGGUCCAAGAUGGCCAAGCUCAUUUUGCUUACAGGUCUGGCCCUCCUGCUGAACGCCCAAAUAGGCUCUGCCUAUGUGCUGUCAUGUUAUUUCACCAACUGGGCUCAGUACAGGCCUGGCCUGGGAAAAUACAUGCCAGACAACAUCGACCCAUGCCUCUGUGACCAUCUGAUCUAUGCCUUCGCUGGGAUGUCCAACAAUGAGAUCACAACUUAUGAAUGGAAUGACGAGACCCUCUACAAAUCUUUCAAUGGGCUGAAAAAUCAGUACGUACUGAGAGCAUCAGGCAUCAUGUGUUUUCUCAUUCAGGUCCUGCAAAUUACUGUUCUGUACAUGAUGGCAGCUCAAUCCACAUGUUGAUGUGGGCAAAUAAAA